AUGUCCGAUGCAGAGAUAAUCGGGUUUGCGCGAAAUGAUGGUCUUGAGCCAGAAUCAUUAAUGUAUAUGACUAGGCGGGAAAGGUUGAUAAGUGAAGAGAUAUAUCUCCGUGAAUGGGAGGAUGAGGGUACACUACGAUCAUAUGUCUAUAACGACGAAGAAUGGAACCCGCUUCCUGGUCCAAUUCCUCUUCCUAUUGCUGGUAAUACUCUUCAAAUGAAAAAUUUUGCUAAAUUUUGCGACGCCAUGCACAAACGAUAUGGAGACGUCUUUGAAUUUUAUGAUACCAAUAAGCGUAUUAUAAUGCUGAACCGGGCUGACUUAGCAGAAAAGGUUUUUUCACAGUCGGUCAAAUCUAACUAUUUCAUCAGAGCUGCGUCAGAGAGUCAAGGAUGGGAGGAAUUGGGCUUCGCGACGGUGGGACUAUUCGGGAGCAAAGAUCGAAAUGUCUGGUCGUUGAAUAGAAAAUUUUUGGCCCGUUCCUUAACUUCGACCAAAUAUACCAAAGAAACUGUUCAUGUAGUACAGACAUUAUUUUCAGAAGCAGAAGAAUAUUGGAAGGAACUUGGGGAUAGCGCUUCUCUAGAAUUAACCGGAUGGAUUUCUUGUAUCAUUGCAGAUACGCUAGUACGAAUCGUUACUGGUCAACAAACUUACGCUCUCUCUACACAUCUCAACUCUCUCCUUCCUCCGCAUCUCAAAAAACCUCUUCCUCAAUCAUCCAUCCAAUCGUAUUCUAAAUUCCUGUCUCACAUUCGAUCCAUUGGUCCUAUCAUCCAAUAUUUUUACUUUGUUCCACCGUUCUUUAGACACUAUGUCCCCGGCUUUAGACAUAUUGCAGAACGUAUGAAGAGAAGAGUUGGUUGGCUUACAGAGGAAAUGAAAAACUUAGUUAGUGAAAGAAAAAAAGAGAUUGAAAGCAUAAGCGAAAAGGAAGAGUUGAAAAUCGAUUUGUUAUCUUUGAUGCUGACCAUAAAUACCGAAAAAGAUACGAAUAAAAUCAAGUCAAAUGAGAUUGAAAGACCAUUAACUGAAGAAGAAAUGGCUCAACUACUUAUUGAAGUGUUUUCGGCUGGGAUUGAUACAACAACGCACGCCCUCUGCUUUACGAUUUAUUACAUUUGUAAAUACCCAGCCGUCAAAGCUCGCCUGGUUUCCGAAAUCGAUGCUACGCUUUCCUCCAAAAGCCACAACCUUUCUUAUGAUUCUAUUGUCAACCUCUUCCCAUACACCAGUGCAGUGAUAAAAGAGGCCGCUCGUGUACUUACUGUAGCUCCAAUAGUAAUUCAUGUAGCCUCUGAAGACGAUGAAAUUGCUGGGUACAAGUGGCGGGCCGGCACGCCGAUUGGCGUAAACUAUGAAGCCAUCCAUAAGCACACAGCGUAUUGGAAAGAUCCCGAAGCGUUUAGGCCUGAGCGGUUUUUGGAUGAGUCUGCAGAUGAAAUAAAGCCAAGAACGUUUCUACCUUUUGGUGGGACGGUGAGGGUGUGUCCAGGCAAAAUUGUGGCCGAAAAAGUCAUCAAGACUUUUCUGAUCUUGUUGUUUUGGAAGUUUGAAGUUGAGUUGUGUGAACCAGAUAAAGAUAUUAAGUAUACAUAUGCAAUGACUAAGCAAUGUACGGAACUGAAG